GCACAGGUGGCGCUGUGUCCCAACAGUGAACCUGCAAUAAACCGUAGAAGAAGAAGUCGCCUCACACAGCCUUGAAAGGAGGAGCGCGGCAUCGCUCCUUCUCAUUCGCUCUGCAGCUCCGCUCCUCUUCUGGUCGAUACCUCCCGGAGGGAAAGCUACACUAAAGAUGUCGGACGAGGGUAAACUGUUUAUCGGAGGGCUGAGUUUCGAGACCAACGAGGAGUCUCUGGCUGCGGCCUUCGGCAAAUACGGAACCAUCGAAAAAGUGGAUGUGAUCAGAGACAAAGAGACGGGGAGAUCUCGCGGGUUCGGCUUCGUGAAAUACGACAAUGCAGAUGACGCUAAAGACGCCAUGAACGCAAUGAACGGCAAGUCUCUAGAUGGCCGGGCUAUUCGCGUGGAUGAGGCAGGAAAGGGUGGUCGUUCCAGAGGAGGUUUCCAGGCAGGUGGACGCGGAGGUGGAAGAUUCAGUGGAUCAAGGGGGCGAGGUGGGCGUGGUUAUUCCAGAGGUGGUUACAACGGUGACAGGAGUUAUGGUGACAGGAGUUACGGUGAUAGGGGCUUCGGAGGUGAGGGCAGGAGCUUUGGAGGUGGCGGCGGCGGUGGAUACAGGAGUGGAGGAUAUUCCUCAGGAGGCGGCGGCGGCUACAGAGACAAUAGGGGUCAGGGUGGAUACAGCGAGCGCUCUGGAUCAUACCGUGACGGAUAUGACGGCUAUGCUGCACACGAGUAAACAUCUCCCUGAUUCAAGAUCAUCACUUGGCUGGCUGUAUUUCAAAGAUGCGCUCCUCAAGAAAAAUGUCCACGUGUUAUUGCUGACCUUAGUUUUGUAGUUCUGUUGUAGUAGCUCAAGCAUCUUAAAAAAAAAAAAUGUAGCCAUGAGUUUUGGUCAUUCCUUAACAAACCAUGUUACAAAUUACAGUUCAAGACUCUUGCCUUGCUCAAUUGGGCAUCUUGAUUCCUCAAAGAUCGUUUGUUAACUAAAGGCAUCUGUAUAAUCUGAUUAUUACUCAAGUCCCAAUCUGGGGAUCAAACAACGGCUCUCCACAUGGCUUUUCGUUGAACGGCCACUACCAUCGCUGUCGACUUACUGUCCAGCACGUUAAAGUGUUUCCUGAUUUUUGAUUCCUUUUUUUGUUUUAGUUUUUGUUUAUUUUUAUACUGAGAUCCGAUGGGGCUUGUUUUUUGUUUUUUCCUUAUUUCCCCUUCAGUCUUCGACUGACCUACCUCUUGCCAGGUUUUAAACUGAGUGAGGAAAGGGAGCUUAUUAAUAGGCUUUUGGGGAUUUGUGCUAAAUUCCUUUUUACUAUUAAAAACUUAGUUUAGCUGAGGCUCCUGUGUGUUCAAUUUCCCAAAAGAGUGAAUUCCUUUCAGACUGGUGAACUACACCUCCGAAGUGGCCGGCUGUUCAUGAAGUCUGUCCAAGGUAUCUGCUGUGCUCUGCUCAACAUCUGCAUUUUAAAUGUGCUGUAAAAUGGACUAAUCUUGUUUAAGUGAUCGAAAAAAAUGUAACUUCGUUUCCCCAAAGUAAAAUCUCAACCGGGAACAGUUUUGUACUUUAUGUUCUUUGUAUGAUCAACAUUUUUUUUUCUUUGUCAGUUUGGCUUCAUGGAGCCUAUUAAACAGACUGUGGAAAAUAA